AAUUGGAUCAUUUGUUUUUUGGCUAUCGAUCAGAUCGAAAGUUUUUUGUUUUUCAUAAAAGAAAAGUUAAAUUGAGAACAACAAAUAAUAAUAAAAUGGUGUCAUUACGAGUACAGAAUCUAAAAGUUCGUCAAUUUAUGGCCGAAUUUUUUGGCACCAUGAUUCUUGUGUGUUUAGGAUGUUCAGCCAAUGCAACCAUUCGAUUCAAUACGAUUGAUAAUCCAACCGGAAACAAUGGAAUAUCCAUGAUUAUUACACCUAUGGCAUGGAGUUUAGCAUUAACAGUAGCAAUUUAUGUAUCAGGUGGUAUAAGUGGUGGUCAUUUAAAUCCAGCCAUCACUUUAGGUUUAGCAUCAAUUGGUAAAUUUAAUUGGUCAAAUGUUAUUAGAUAUUUUUGUGCACAAUAUUUUGGUGCAUUCAUUGGUUCAACAUUAACAUUUAUUGUUUAUCGUGAAAGUUUUUUCAAUGAAAAAUUUGUCAAUUCAACAAUCGGUGUUUUUGGUACGGAAAUGAUUCCGGAAAUAACCACUGGUACAGCAUUGGUUGAUCAAAUUGUUGCUACUGCUUUUUUUCUUCUUAUUAUUUGUGCUAUUAUUGAUGAGAAAAAUAUGGCCGUACCUAAAGCAUUUCUACCAAUUGCAAUCGGUUUUGCUAAUCUUGGCGUAAUACUUUUUUCAUUUGGUUAUAAUUGUGGUGGUCCAUUGAAUCCAGCACGAGAUUUGGCUCCCAGAAUAUUUUCCGCGAUUGCUUUACAUGAUGCAUCGGAUGUUUUUCGAACAAAUUAUUUUUGGGUACCAGUUGCUGGUUGUCAUGUUGGCGCUAUUAUUGGAUGUUGGCUUUACAAAUUAACCAUUGAAAAUCAUUGGCCCGAUGAACAUUCAUCAUCAUAUGAUUUUAAUGAUUCUGAUGGACCAAUCGAAAUGAAUAGUAACAGUAAUUGCACUGUACGUGUUACACGCGAAAAUUAAAUUGAAUUGAAAACAUUUUGACAUACAGAAAAAAAUCAAUAAUA